AUGUUUAUCUACCCCGUUUUCCUCAGUGCCGACCCCGACCUGGAAAAACCCAUCACCAUCGCCAAGGGCCUUCACUUGAUUAUUCUAUUCGGCUCGCCACCGAGCAACGACAAAAAAGAUGCUAGUGGCUCCAUGGCCGACAUCUCUACGAGUACACACACCACGGACACUGCGCGGUGGUGUUCCCGGAUGGCACAGUGGACAACGAGGCGUCAGUGGGCACGCGUGUCAGACAUCGCUCUGUCGUUCGCCCAGGCGGGCGUCCACUGCGUCGCACCUUCUGACAUGAACGACGGCCGUAUCCGCGCCAUCAAGCUCAAGCUCUUCCAACACCGGCUCGAGAGCAAGGUCGCCAUCAUGUCUUACUCCGCCAAGUACGCCAGCUGUCUUUACGGGCCGUUCCGCGAGGCUGCCUCCUCCGCGCCGGCCUUUGGGGACCGCAAGCACUAUCUGCUGCCGCCGCCAGCGCGGACCCUAGGCCGCAAGGCGAUGCUACGCGAUAUGCAGGAGGGUACCGACAUAAUCAUAGUCAAGCCUACCUAUCCCGAUAUCCUGAGCGAUGCCAAGAAUGUCUCCACCGUGCCGGUCGUCGCCAUACAGGCGUCCGGUGAGUUCGCCAUGAUACAUGCUGCUGCCCGCGCUGGAUCGACUGAGAUUAUUGUUCGCUCCGGGGCGGAUGCUAUUCUCAGUUACUUCACUCCAGAGUUCCUGGAUUGGUUACCUCCAAAAUUGAUUUUGAUUGGCAAGAGACACGAAAGAAUAAUUCUUUAG